AUGUUGACAGUGAAGCAGCAGGUGACACCACAAUCUCAUGCGACAAUACUCGAUUUUUCGUUUGUGGAGAAGGUAGAAGAAGAGUGGCUGUGUUCUUCCUGUUCUCUGCCAUUGUCUGAUCCUGUUUUCCAUACUAUUUGUGAAAAUAUGUUUUGUUUAGCAUGUGCCAAGUCCCUUUCAACUUGUCCUAAAUGUCAUGAUGCCAAUUUUCAAACUAAACCUGCUCCGAAAAACAUUAAAAACUACAUUGACAAGCUGAUGGUAGUUUGUAGUUAUUGCAAUAAAGAAGAAGCUAGAGGGAGAAUUCUAGAACAUUUGGAAGAAUGUUCAACAAGGAAGACAAUUUUGGAAGAAAUUGAACGAAAGCAAAAAGAAGCAGUUGAGGAGGCAGAAAAGAAACAAGUUGAAGAAGAACAAUCCGAAGAUGAGUUUGAAGAUGACGAUGAUGACGAAAUGGAACUGGAUCCAAUAUAUUUCAAUAUUGGUGGUCAACUAAUAAUGACCAAUAAGAAAUAUUUCACCUCCACAAAAAGAGAGGACGAAACCAAUCUAUUCAUCAAAUUAUUGAAAGGUGAAAGAACCAAUAUCUUUACCGAAAAGAAUGGUUCCUUCUUUGUUGAUUGUGAUCCAACAGUAUUCAAGCACCUAUUGGAAUGGUUCAAGUUUGGCAAUAUCAUUGCAAGUAGUGAUUUAUCACCAACUUUGAAGCAACAAUUGAUUUCUGCUUGUAAGGUUUUCAAGUUGAAGAAUUAUUGGAAGGAAUUGAAGAAAAUUCCAAUCAAUAGUACACUUGGUCAAUUAUUUAACAAUCACAUGAAUUCCAAAUACUUUAGAAAUAUGAAAUUCAGUGGAAUGGAAAUUGCAUUAAUUACAUUCUCCUAUCAUUAUGAUUUCAUUAAUUGUGACUUUUCCAAAACUACAUUUAGAAAUGUGAGAUUUGAGAAUUGUUUGAUUGAUAAGGCAAACUUUGCAGGUGCUAAAAUGAUUUCAUGUCGAGUUCAACUUCAAUUCAAUCAAUCAAAUAAUAUUGAAAGUUGCAGGUUUGUGAAUUGUACUCUUGAUGGAUCGUUCUUUACUGGUGUAAAGAGUUUGCAAUGCAAAGAAUGUACUCUCAAUGUAUGCACAUUUUCUGAUAUGGACAUGAGACAUUUCGAUUUUUCGAAUACAAUUAAGGGAAGUACAUUGAAAAAGUGUCAAAUUAAUCUUUCCAAAAUUUCCCCUGAUUUACUUAACUCUCUUACAAUUCAAGGUAUAGAAGUCAAACACAGUCAGAUUGGAUCUCUAUUCGAAACCAAUUUAAAUUUGGCGUAUUGCUUUACUGAAUGCAUAUUUUCAGAUUUCACAUUUGAAAAUUGUCAUUUAGAAAACUUGAAAAACAACAAGUUUAAGGACUGCAAAUUGUUGAAUAUUGGAUUUUCAGAUUGUUCCUUCCAAACCAAAUUUGAAAAUUGUGAAAUCAUAUGUGUGGAAUUUUGGAGAUGCUCUUUCGAUAGAGAAUUCGUAUUUCCCGAAUCUCAAUUGUAUGACAUUACCUUCACCGAAUGUUCCUUCCAUUCCAUUAACUUUGAAAAUUAUCAAUUCAAGAACUUGCUAUUCGACAAGUGCAAAUUUCUUGACUCGAACUUGAAAAAGUGCAACUUUUCCACAUGUAAAUUGAGAAUGUGUGAUUUUGCCAAUUCCAAUUUCGAACAAGCCAUUUUCAAUGCCGAUAAUGAUACCUUUGAUUGUAAUUCUGAAAAAUUCAAGAACAUUUUUUUCAACUCAAAUAUUAUUCCAAAUUCUAGAAUGUUCAAUGAGAUUAAUGUUCAUACCAAAUCUCGUAUUAAGCCCACUCUACUCUACAGAGGUUCAAGAGAUGGUUUCAAGGCAUCAAAAUUCCAUGAACUUUGUGAUAAUAAGGGACCUACUCUUACAAUUAUUCAGUCAGAUUUUGGACAUAUUUUUGGAGGAUUCACAAUGCAAAGUUGGGCUAACACUGGUGUAGAAUACGUCUCUGAUACUUCAGCUUUCAUCUUUAAAAUAUUUCAAAAAGUGACUAGCAAUGGAAUGGUAUAUAUUUUUAACAAGUUCAAUAUCAAGCCAGGUCAACACAGAUUUGCUAUUUCUGCAAAAGCUUCUUAUUUACCAAUAUUUGGAGGUGGAAAUGACUUUUGCAUUGCUGAUAAUUGCAAUGAAAAUCUCAAUUCUUAUUCGAAAUUUGGACACACGUAUUACCUUCCAGAUACGGGCAAUUAUAGUUCAAAGUCUAUUUCGAAAUAUUUGGCUGGAUGUGCUAAUUUUAGAGUUUUAGAAAUUGAAGUAUUCCAAAUUACACAAUAAUUGUCAAAUACUAUUUAAACACUUUGAGAUAUUAACAAAUAACUGUUGAAUAACUCAAAUUUGGCGCCAAAAUUUAAUAAAAAACAAAUUCAAAAAAAAA